AUGGGGUACUACGAUGAGGAUGAAAACCCCCGCAUCUGCUUCUCAGACACUGGUUGCAGGAGGUUAAACAUCUCCACAAAUAUGCGGCGCCACAGCUUCCCACUGGAGGCGAGGAAGGCCGCAAAUGUCAUCUAUGUGUCUGGGCCUGCAGUUCAGCCUAGGUCCUGGUUCAGCUUGGCCCGGGUCAUAAUCCGGCUUCUCUUGGCUGGCUUUGUUGUGUCCUGGUUGGCAAUGGCGAUGGCUACUGAUGGUGAGGUGCAGCAGCUGCAACACCAGGUAAAACAUCUGCACCAGCUGAAGGAGGAGGUCGAUCAUCUGCGAGACAGAGAGGCGGUGGUGGUGUUGAGAUCCUUCGAGGUGGUGGUGGUGUUGAGAUCCUUCGAGGUGGUGGUGGUGUUGAGAUCCUUCGAGGUGGUGGUGGUGUUGAGAUCCUUCGAUGUGGUGGAGGUGUUGAGAUCCUUCGAGGUGGUGGAGGUGCAGAGACUUUUGGAGUUGGCUUCCUCCCUUUCGAUGGCUGCAUGCGCUGCGCAGGCUGAGGUCUCAGGGCAAAAGAAAGGUAAACUGAAACUACCUUCAACAGCCCAGCCCCUCGGCCCCCACAGCCCCAUCCACAUGGACUAG